AUGAAUAAAUUAAAGAAGAUUUUUGGCUUAAAAAUUUAAAGUUAAAUAAAGUAUCUUUAAAUAUUUUCCAAACCACAAAUUUACUUUUCAUCUUAAAAAACAAUUUUUGAAUCUAACAAAAAUUUCAUAGUAAUAAAAGAUAACUUAACUUAUUCUCAGUAUUGCUAAUAAACUUUGGAUUGCAUUCAUGGAAAUACUAUUUUGAAGGAAUACGCACAAACCUCAAAUAAUAGUUUUAAUAAUCUUCAAAAAAUAUUGGAUGAUUAAUAGCUCAAAGAAUAGUUAAGAUAAUGUUUAUGUAGCUAUUUACUUUAGAAUCCUUAAGAUUAUUAACAGAGGAAUACUUUAGGCAAUAUUUACUUAGAAAUGGAAAUGAUAGAAAAAGCUAAAUAGUGCUAUGAGAAUUCUUUAUAAGUAAAUCCUUAAUUUGAAGAUGCACUAAACAAUCUUGGAAAUACUUAUUUUUAACUUGAAAAUUUUGAAGAAGCAAAAGUUUACUUUGGAAAGGCUUUAAGUAUGAAUCCAAAUAAUAUAUGUGCUCAUAUUAAUUUAGGAAAUACCUAUUUUAAAUUGUAGAUGAGAGAUGAAGCAAAACUUAGCUUUGAGAAAGCAUUAGAAAUUAACCCAAACUCUGCUUUUAUCAUGAAAAGGAUAGGAGAUACUCUCUUUAAAUUUAACAAAGAAAAAGCAAUUGAAUAUUAUCAAAAAUCUUUGGAAAUCGAUCCUUCAAUAAAACUUUCUAAUUAUAAAUUAGGACUUAUCUAUUAUCUUAAAAAAGCAACUUAAAGUGCAAAAUAGUAUUUUGAAAAUGAAAUAAAAUUGAAUCCACAAUUUUAUAAAUCUUACUUUUAUUUAGGAAUACUUUAUCUUGAUUUGUUAUAAGACAUAGCGCAGGGAAAAAAACACUUUGAAAUGGCUUUUAAAAUGAAAUCAGAUGAUAUAGAUGUCUUACUUGAGUUAGCAAAAAUCAAUAAUAUUUAAGGUAAUAAAGAUGAAGCCUACAAAUUAUUUAAGUAAGUUUUAAAUAUAAAUCCUUAAAAUACAACAGCACACUACUUUAUUGGUAAGAUUUGCAAAGAAUUGGGUUAAUAAUAAGAAGCAAUUCUCAGCUUUUAAAAUACUUUAAAGUUUUUUAUUCCUAAGAAGGCAAUUGAUUAUCGCGAUUUGGGAUUAAUUUAUGUUGAGUUGGGAAACUUAGAUGAAGCUCAAAAAUAUUUAGAAAAAGCAAUUUAGCUUGACUAAACAAAUGAAGAAAUUUUAUGUACGAUGGGAGAUCUGUAUAGUAGAAAGGGAUUAAGAGAAAAAUCAAAUUUCUACUAUAAAAAAAUGUUAGAGAUAAAUGCUACAUCAUAUUUAGCACUUUAAUAAUUAGGUUACAAUUAUUAUUAAGAUGGAAUGAUUAAAGAAGCCAAAUAAUACUAUAAGUAGUCUUUAUAAAUAAAUCCUGACAAUAUUGAUUUACAGUAUAAGUUAGGGUGUCUUCUUCAUGAAAUUGGAGAGAGACAAGAGUCUAUGAGAUGUUACGAGAAUUGUCUUAAAAUAAAUCCUUCUUAUGUAUAAGCUCUGCAUAUAAUAGGAUCUAUUUAUUUAGAAGUUGGUAAGAUAGAUGAAGCAAAAUAAAUGUUUGAUAAGGCUUUAAAAUUAGAUAGUAAGUAUAUAUAUUCUUGGUAAGGUUUAGGAUUUGUUUUUUUUCAAAAAAGUAUGCCAUACGAGUGCAUAGAAGCAUUAAAAGAGGUUUUAAAAAUUGAUCCCUAAAACAAACAUUCUCUUUUCUAUAUAGGUUUGGCUUAUGAAUAAUUAUUAGGUAAUAAGAAGGAAGCUAAAAAAUAUUAUGAAGAUAUUUUAAAAAUAGACCCUUAAUUUGAAUAAGCUCUCUAGCAUUUACAAUCCCUGAAAAAAUGA